AUGUCGCCGCUCAGCGCAUCCCUCGCGGCCCGCACCCGCCUCGCCACCGGUGGCGCCACCCGCGGCUUCUGCUCGGCCGUCGCAUCGAGCUCCAGGCUGGCCGUCGCACGCCCCGUCCGCGCCCGCAACGUCUUCUCCCCGCUCCCCGCCUCGCUCCGCCUCCUCGCCACCCAGAGCUCGACCGAGAAUGCCCCCGAGCUCGGGUCGGCCCACGUGGCAAAGUCGCUCUUUGCGCCCCUCGACACCUUUGAGCCCAGGCACCUCGGCCCCCGCGACAGCGACCUGCACAAGAUGCUCUCGGCCAUCGGCUACUCGAACAUGGAGGACUUCAUCGCCGACACGGUGCCACAGCCCGUCCGCCUGAAGGAGGACGCCUCGCACUCCGAGUCCAUCAAGCCCCUCUCCGAGAGCGAGCUGGCCAGGCGCGGAGAGGAGAUUGCCAAGAUGAACAAGCCCUUCAAGAGCCUCAUCGGCAUGGGAUACCAAAACACCCUCGUGCCCCCCGUCAUCCUGCGAAACGUCCUCGAGAACCCGGCGUGGUACACGAGCUACACGCCCUACCAGCCCGAGAUCUCCCAGGGCCGCCUCGAGUCGCUCAUCAACUUCCAGACCAUGGUCAAGUCCCUCACCGGCCUCGACAUUGCCAACGCCUCGCUCCUCGACGAGGGCACCGCCGCCGCAGAGGCCAUGAUCCUCGCCUACGGCCAGACCCGCAGCAAGCGCAAGACGUUCCUCGUCGACCGCGGCGUCCUGCCCCAGACGCUCGCCGUGCUGCGCCAGAGGGCAAAGGGCUUCGGCAUCAAGGUCGUCCAGACCGACCUCCGAACCCCCGACGGCCACCGCCUGCCUCCCCCCGAGCAGGUGGCGCGCGACGACAUCAUCGGCGUUCUGGUCCAGUACCCGGAUGUCGACGGCCGCAUCACCGACUGGGCCGGCCUGGCCAAGGAGGUCAAGUCGGCCGGAGGCAUGGUUAUCGCCGCCACCGACCUUCUCGCCCUCACCAUGCUCAAGCCCCCGGGCGAGUGGGGUGCCGACAUCGCCCUCGGCAACGCCGCCCGCUUUGGCGUGCCGCCCGGCUACGGAGGACCGCAUGCCGCCUUUUUCGCGGUGACCGACUCGAUCAAGCGCAAGAUCCCCGGCCGCCUCGUCGGCCUCAGCAAGGACGCCAGGGGCCAGCCGGCCUACCGCCUGGCGCUCCAAACGCGCGAGCAGCACAUCCGACGAGAGAAGGCCACGUCCAACAUCUGCACGGCCCAGGCGCUGCUGGCCAACAUGAGCGCCAUGUACGCCGUCUACCACGGGCCCGACGGCCUGCGCAGGAUCGCGGCCAAGGUCCACGGCCUGACGCGCCUGCUCAAGCACGAGCUGACCGAGCUCGGCGCCCGCGUCAUCAACCGCGACGGCGCCUUCUUUGACACGCUCACCGUCGACCUGGCAAAGGCGGGCGUCGGCGCGGUCCGCGUCCACCAGGAGGCCAAGCAGGCGGGCAUCAACCUGCGCAGGAUCUCGGACACGCGCGUCGGCAUCACGCUCGACGAGACUGUCUCGGUCGAGGAGCUGACCGACGUCGUCAACGUCUUCGCCUAUGCGCUCAAGCAGACAAAGACGGGCGAGGUGCCCUUUAAGCCCGAGGACCUCAUCCAGCGCGCCCACGCACUCGGCCUCGAUGCCUCGUCGGUCGACACGCUCAAGAUCUCGACACCCAGCCCCGCCUCGUCGGGCGAGUUGUCGUCGUCGUCGUCGCAGGACCUGCCGCCCGUGCCCAACUUUGACCGCACGUCGAAGUUCCUCACCCAGCCCGUCUUCUCAGCGCACCGCUCCGAGACGCAGAUGCUGCGCUACAUCCACUCGCUGCAGGCCAAGGACCUCUCGCUGGUCCACGCCAUGAUCCCGCUGGGCUCGUGCACCAUGAAGCUCAACUCGACGUCGAGCAUGAUGCUGCUGUCGAAGCCCGAGUUUGGCUCGAUCCACCCGUUUGCGCCCGAGGAGCAGGCGCAGGGCUACGACGUCCUCAUCCGCGAGCUCGAGCGCGACCUGUGCACGCUGACUGGCUUCCCCGCCGUGUCUCUGCAGCCCAACUCGGGCGCCCAGGGCGAGUUUGCCGGCCUUUCGGUCAUCCGCGCCUACCUCGAGAGCAAGGGCGAGGGCAAGCGCGACGUCUGCUUGAUCCCGACGUCGGCGCACGGCACCAACCCGGCCUCGGCCAUCAUGGCCGGCAUGCGCGUCGUUGCCGUCAAGACCAAGGCCGACGGCAGCAUCGACCUCGACGACCUGCGCGACAAGGCCGAGAAGCACAAGCACGAGCUGGCGGCUACGAUGAUUACCGAGCCGGCCACGACCGGUUGCUACUUUUCGGGCAUCCAGGAGGCGUUUGACAUUGUCCACCGCAACGGCGGCCAGGUCUACCUCGACGGCGCCAACCUGCAGGCGCAGGUGGCGCUCACCAACCCGGCCAUCAUGGGCGCCGACGUGACGCACCUCAACCUGCACAAGACGUUCAGCAUCCCGCACGGCGGCGGCGGACCGGGCGCCAUCGACCCCAUCUCGGCCGCGCCGUGGGGCUCGGCGUCGAUCCUGACGAUUGCGUGGGCCUACAUCAAGAUGCUCGGCUGGGACGGCCUGCGCAAGUCGACCGAGACGGCGCUCCUCUCGGCCAACUACGUGGCGCACCGGCUCAAGGACCACUACCGCCUCAAGUACACGGGCGACCGCGGCCGCGUAGCCCACGAGCUGCUGAUUGACGUGGCCGAGUUCCAGGACCUCGGGCUCAACGUCAUGGACUUUGCCAAGCGCCUGAUCGACUACGGCUUCCACCCGCCCACGUGCUCGUGGCCCAUCUCGACGGGCCUGCUCAUCGAAAUCACCGAGAGCGAGAGCUUCGACGAGAUCGAGCGCCUCGUCGAUGCCUUCAUCGCCAUUCGGCAUGAGGUCGAGGAGAUCCGGCAGGGCAAGGCGUCCAAGGAGGGCAACGUGCUCAAGAAUGCGCCGCACACGGCCGACGUCCUCGCCGCCGAGACGUGGGACCGCGAGUACUCGCGCGAGAAGGCCGUCUACCCGGUUGCCGGGUUGAGGCACAACAAGUUCUGGCCCAGCGUCGCUAGGAUCGACGACGCCCACGGCGACCGCGUCCUCGUGUGCGAGUGCGGCGACGUCGACCAGUACGCCGAGUGA